AUUACCAAUCAAGAGAACAAGGUGACAACAAUAUUUGCAGGAUUUUAUUGCUACAAAUGGACACUAUAAUAACAAACGACACUGCCUUGGAGGCGAGUCCGAAAGGAAGCAUGACGCUGUUUGACAUCAAUUUCUCCAUGGCCAUCGUCUAUGUCACACUAGUGUUGAUACUGUCCAUCCUCGGGUUAUUCGGCAACUUGUUCGUUAUCUACGUGAUGAAGAAAGAGAAACACAUGAACAAAGAUGCACGAGCGUUCAUUAUAAACUUGGCCGUUGCUGAUCUGUGCGUGUCGGGGAUUGCUGAUCCGAUGUGCAUAGCGGAACAGAUAUACAAAAAUAACCACAAUUGCUCUUGUAUUGCCACUUGGGUAUUAAGCUUUGGCGCAGAGCUGCCCAAUUUCUUUGGUUUGGGUGGACACUACUUUGACGAGAAGUCUCACCAGUGUAUAUGGGACCGAACGGCCAACAGAGGUUACACAUUGUUUGUAACCCUUGGUCUCAUCACGUCACCAUUCUUCUUAUUGGCGUAUUGUAACACAGCCGUACUUAUGAAGAUUCGGAAUGUCAGAAAAAAUGUUCUGAAGUUUUCAACAGGAACAAACUCUACAUUGAAGAGUAGCAUAAGCUCGGCAAAGAUUCUGAUUACAAUUUUCAUGGUUUUCAUUGUCUGUUGGACGCCUUACGUCAUCGUGCUUGUCUUAGAUGCCAACGACACGUUUUCCUUGGAGGUGCACCUUUUCGCAACAUUACUGGCACACUCACACUCGAGUACUUCAUGCAUCAUUUACCUCUGCUUCAAGAAAAAGUUCCGGGAGAUUUUGGUAGGAUUGUUCAGAGCACGAAACAGAGUUCAACCGAUUGUGUCAUCCUCAGGUAAUCAAGUCAAAACCGCCACAGACAAAACAGUGUCCACUAAUGCGUAACAAAGCACC